CCAGGAAAUGGUUGGUAGUGACAGACAGCGAGAUGUUGAUUACUGUAGAACUAACUAAACCAACUAUGGCUGUCAACACGGAGCCGCCGAAAGCAGCUGACACGGAGCCGAAAACACGAAAACGUAGAGGCACCUACCUAGAGAAAACACAUACUAGCACUCCUGAUGGUUUGAAGGAAAAUGUGCCAGAGCAGGAAAAUAAGCACUUCCACUUUGACCUGUGGCUCUGCCUGACACUGCAGAACUGGAUACUGGACUUUGGAAGGCCUAUUGUCACGAUUAUCGUUCCUGUGGAGUGGUUUCCCCUCAACAGGCCCGGUGUUGGAGACUACUUCCACAUGGCCUAUAACGUCAUAACACCAUUCCUAAUGCUCAAGCUGAUUAAGCGCAGUCCCAAAGUGCUGCCUCGCUCGGCGGUCUACCUCUGCAUCAUCAUUUUUGUCAUGGGAGCCAGCAUCCACCUGGUGGGAGACUCCAUCAACCAUCGGCUCAUCCUGAGCGACUACCGGCUCCACCUGUCAGUCAGAGAGAACCCCAUCAUGAGAGACCUCAAACCGGCCUCACUGAUUGACUCCUUUGAGCUGCUGUAUUAUUAUGACGAACAGCUGGGACACUUGAUGUGGUAUAUUCCUUUCUUCAUCAUUCUCUUCAUGUAUUUCACCGGCUGCUUCACCAAGGACGAAGAACAGAAGAAGAUCCCUGUCUCGGGCUGUGUGCUGCUGGGACCCAGCGCCCUCUACUAUUGGUACUUGGUCACUGAAGGGCAAAUCACUGAACUUUUCCUCCUCACCUUCCUUGCCAUGGUUGGCAUGGUGAUACAUCAACAGCGUGAAGGCCUCAGCCCAGACAGCAACGGCCUGUUCCUGCUCUGUAGUUUCAGUAUUACUGUGCUGCUGGUGGUGCUGUGGGUGGCCUAUCUGUGGAAUGACCCGGUGCUACGUAAAAAGUACCCCGGAAUCAUUUAUGUGCCAGAGCCCUGGUCCUACUACACCUUACAUAUCAAGGAGAACCAUUGAGUUACAUCCGGCCAGGUCUGAAUACCUCUGGGUUUGAAGAAAAAAAGAGAUCUGAAUCAGAAGCCACUUACGUUUGUAUGACCUGACUGAUUCAUAUCUUUUCUUUCUUCAGCAGAUUUCCUGUGACAGAGGUAGCGGCUGCACUUAGACAACGACGACGAUCGAUGAAGGUUGUUCAUGUGCAUCUACCUCACGGUUGAACACAAGGUUCUGCUGGCGUGUGUAUAUAUAUAUAUAUAUAUAUAUAUAUAUAUCCAGAAGGGGAUUUGUCUCCUCCGUCUAUUUCUUUUAUUUUUAAAGAUUAUUUUUGGGGGCGUUUUUCCUUUAAUUGUCGGUGAUAAUUCUGAAAGGGCGAGAGAGAGAACCCCGGAGCCUGCAUAUUACUAAACAUAUUCUUUCGUAAUUAAUAAAAUACCACAAAGUAAUCUCCACUCAGACAAUGCGGGGCCUUCGGGCCCCUGAGGGUUUGGGACCCAGGAGCAGUUCUGCUCCUUUUGGUCACUUUGUAACUUUGGUAAUCCAGCCUUAAGGCACGGUCACACAUGCGCAAAAUUAACAUUCGCCUCCCGUUCACUUCCAUUCUAUGCAAGCGAAGGGGCGAAAAAACAUUUGCUUCUGGUGGCGAAGCAAAUUUGCAUCUUCGAGUUCAACUUUCAGGCGAAUAUCGCCUCGGCAGAAGAUGGUCACUCGACUGCAUUCGCGCAUGUGUGACCGCACCUUUUAUAGACCUUUUCAUUGCCAUCAUGUUGCUACGGCAACAGCUUUGGUCAAAGAUCACAUCCUGUCAGCUGCUCCAUUAACAAACGUUGCAACAAGAGAUACAAAGGGGCCCAUUUAGAGUGUUAAUGGUGUCAAGUUUGAAAAGGUCUAUAGAAACACAGACCAGCAUCACCAUUUGACAAAGCAAUACACCAACUAUCUCUUAGCCACUCUUAGUCUCUUAGAACUUUAUGAAACAACUCAAGGUGAAUACAUGAAUAGUACAUUCACUGAAAAAAUAGAAAAGAAUUCUUACCUUAAGCUCAUCGAAGAACUCAAUCAAUUGACGAUUGAAUGCUGUGAGGUUGAUUUUUAACAACUCAGAAGAAAAGCCUUGUUCAUUAAUUGUUCUGCCGGUUACAGGCGCUCCUCUCUCGCUGCCAAGAAAGAAAGAAAAGAAGAAGAAAAAUAAAUACUCAGUUACAUUGGACUUGUCAGGCAAGAUGCACAAACUUCAAUAACAAGAUAUGGAUAUAUGGUACAUCGGAAGAACAACAGCCUGAAAGUAGAAAACAAACAUCAAUUUAGAUGCAAACAAAUAAAACGAUCAAUUCAAGAUUCAAGUUCUGCAAAAAAGUGAAAACAGCCAAAUAUAAUAACACAAUGCCAAAAGACUAAAAAACAAGAUAAAAGAGAAUGACUGCAGUAUUACUGUAUGUAAUCAACAGGUACAGUUAUUCAGAAAGGCAUAGAAAGAAAGUGUAUAAAAAUAUGAUUUAAAAACAGAAUACUAAAUAGAAAACUGUUUAAAAGCUAUAAUACAAAAAAAAAA